CUGAAAGUGAGAAGAAAAAUUCUAGUACAAUCCAGUGCGGCAAUAAAAAACAGACCUCAUUGAUUGGUGACUUUGACAAUUGAAGUGAGAAUAUAUGAAUUUUUGAAAACUUCAAUCAAAUGUACUUUAAGAGAUUACAUAGACGUGCCUAUACUGAUAUACCAAGACCCAACUUUGAUGAAUAUCGACGAAAAUCCAAUACCGAUGUGUUAGCUCCGAAAAGUGCCGACGAACGGAAAGCACUGAGAAGUGCCGUCUCUUUUGUUGGUUGCAUUGCCGGAUUGUACAGCUUUAAAGCACACUUAUUGCAUUACGUAUUAUUCUUGAUGCCCUCACGAGAUAUCAUAGCAGAAGCUCAACUGGAAGUAAAAUUGAACGGUAUUCCGAUGGGAAAAGUAUUAAUCGUUAAAUGGCGCGGCAAACCUGUUUUUAUCUAUCAUCGGCCACAAUCGAUCAUCGAGCAAGAGAGAGCAGUGGACCUAUCAGAGCUACGUGAUCCGGAAAAGGAUGACGAUAGAGUGAAAAGAUCGGAAUGGCUGGUAGUAGUGGGUAUCUGCACGCACUUGGGAUGCGUGCCGAUCCCGAAUGCCGGCAUCAUACCGGGCGGCUUUUUUUGUCCAUGUCACGGCUCGCACUUUGAUGCAGCCGGUCGCAUACGAAAAGGUCCGGCGGCGACCAAUAUGGAGAUCCCCGAAUACACAUUCAUAAACGACGACACUGUCAUUAUUGGAUGAGAUGCGUCUUCCAAUCUUUCGAAAUAUAGAUAUUGAAGCAUAUUAAAUAACGAGAUUAUCGAUCGUAUGUACAGAAUCAAGAGGCACGGUAAAUUAUAUGCCUCGCGCCAUAUAAUUUACAUUGCAAUAAAUUUAUAUAUUUUUGCUAGAAUUUCAGAAACAUGAUAAUUAUAUAAACGUAAUUUUAUAUUUCCAAUGUAAUUUUAUACUUCGAUAUGUUAGAAUAAUAGUAAAAUUUCAAUUUUCAAGCAAUGCCCUACAUUAUUAUAAUUAAUUUUUAAAAUAUUAUCUUGCAUCAAUAUACGCUGUAUACGCACCGAGAAAACUGUCCGAUAAAUUGUUUUGAAAAGUAAUAAAUGGAUAUUAAUUUAUGAUUAUUUAGGUCCAAUAUCAAAAAAAAAAAAAAAUUAUU